AUGAUUUCCAUUAUUUCAGCACAAUGCAAUAUAAACCCCAACAACGGUAACAACAACAAUAGUAACAACAAUAAUAACACCAAUGGGUCCCUGAACAACCCCCAACCCACCUACUCAGCCCAUCGAGGUGCAGCUCGACAGAUGUAUGGAUCGGGGUCUUUGAGGCCGCCUGGCACGAAAUCUGUCAUCUAUGCCACCGGCCAGCGUCAACAUGGGGUCAGAACUACCCUGUCCCCGCAAGUUUACAGCCCACCCCAGUUCGUACCUUACGUACCCAUCCCGGUGUUUCCUAUACCCAUGAGAGCUGACGAAUACGAGCCUAUGAUUAGAGGAUACCCUGGUAUUCCCCACAUCCAAUUUCCCCCACGUAGCGACCGUCCCUCUAACCGUGGAGGUGGCAGAUAUGGAGGUCGGUUCGAGUACGCCAACGGCAGACCAGUUUACGGGUACUCCAAUGCUCAGUACCCGUUUGACUUUGGAUUCAUACGAGGACGAGGUAUUUCUCCAGAUUAUGACACCGCCCUUAAUAUCGGACCCUAUCACAUCCACAGAGGCGGAGAUGAAGAUGAGGGUGACGAAGACUAUGACGAACCGUAUCCAACGUUGAAACCGCAGGAAGCAGAUAGCAAAGGCGACCAUUCAUGUGAGAAAAAGUGCCAAAAAGAUGAGAUGCUUUGUCAUAAAUCUUGUCUUUGUAUUAACGAGGAGUUAAGGUGUGAUGGUAUCCACGACUGUGAUGAUAACGAAGAUGAAUUAGACUGCGAUCAUGUUGAGCUGAAAGUCAAAUGUGACGAAUCCAAAGGUUACAUAUUAUGUCCCAGAACAAAACGGUGCAUUUCGAAAGAAUGGUUAUGCGACGGGGACGACGAUUGUGGUGAUUUUUCUGAUGAAACUCAUUGCGGGUUUAAAAUCAAUUGCACCAUGGAUCAGUUUCAGUGCGAGAAUGGACUAUGUAUUCCAAAAUUAUGGACUUGUGAUAACGACAACGACUGCAAAGACUUUUCAGAUGAACUAAAUUGUACCAUAAUGGGAUGUGAAGAAAAUGAAUUCGAAUGCUCAGAUACAACUUGCAUUUCCAUGAGCUGGAAAUGUGAUAGACACAUAGACUGCACUGAUGGCUCUGACGAAAGUGACUGUGAUAUUGUUCCCCCCUAUUGUACGGAAGGCGAAUUCCAAUGUAACACCCACAAAUGCAUUAAACUUGAGUUUAAAUGUGAUGGUGAUGAUGAUUGUGAUGAUUGGAGCGAUGAAGAUGAUUGUCCGAAGACACCUGGAACGUGUGUGUCAGGAGAAUUCAAAUGUAACAGUGGGAAAUGCAUACCCGAACGCUACAAAUGCGACAGACAACACGACUGUGAUGAUAAUGAAGAUGAACUCAACUGCGAUUACAAUGUCACGAAAACAUGUUCGCCUGAUGAAUAUACUUGUGAUAACGGAGCUUGUAUCCUGCAAACGUGGGUAUGCGAUGGCUUACAGGACUGCUCUCAAGGAGAGGACGAAUCGAAAUGUGAAAUAGUUUGCGAUGAAGCCAAAUUCCCUUGCAGCGGAAUAGACCCCAACGACAAUAAGACUCAAACGUGUAUCAACAAGAAGCAUCGAUGUGAUGGACACAAUGACUGUCCGAAAGGAGAAGAUGAAGACAGUUGUCCGACUAAGAGGGAGUGCGAGAGAAAUACCAUUUGUAAACAACUCUGUAUUACUACAGCUGAUGGAAAAAAGGGCUGUUCCUGUUUUAACGGAUAUCAACUAGCAAAUGAUGGAUACACCUGCCAGGAUAUUAACGAAUGCCUCUACGCUACAGAUCCAGUCUGUUCUCAGAACUGUAAUAAUACCAUAGGAAGCUUUAAGUGUGGCUGUAUGACUGGAUAUGUACUACGACCUGACUUGAGAACGUGUAAAGCUAUGGGUGCUCCACCAACAUUACUGUUUGCCAACAGGAUUGAUAUUCGCGAGGUAUCUCUUAGUAACACCAAAUAUACAGCUCUUUUACGAGGUCUUCACAAUGCAAUUGCCUUGGACUACCACUACGAGAAAGGUCUAAUAUUUUGGUCAGAUGUUUCUAUGGAUGUUAUAAGAAGAGCUUACGUUAAUGGUACAGGGUCUAUGGAUAUUAUCAAAUCUGGUCUGGAAUCUCCUGGAGGUGUAGCCUUAGACUGGAUACAUGACUUGAUUUUCUGGACUGAUUCUGGAACGCGACGUAUAGAAGUCGCAACGCUUGAUGGACAACAGAGAGCUAUUAUAGCAGCUAGUGAAAUUGAUAAACCUAGAGCUAUAGCCGUACACCCAGGAGAAGGUAUCAUCUUCUGGACUGACUGGGGCCCAAAUCCAAAAAUCGAACGUUCCGAAAUGGAUGGAACAAAUAGGAAAAGUAUCAUAACCGAAUCUGUGUUCUGGCCCAAUGGACUAACCAUCGACUAUACUUCGAAUCAGAUUUAUUGGGCAGAUGCUAAACACAACGUUAUAGAAACCUCCAAUUUUGAUGGCAUAUCAAGAAGAAAGGUUAUUAGUAAGGGUUUGCCGCAUCCUUUUGCCAUUACUAUUUUUGAAGAUGCUAUAUUCUGGACGGAUUGGCAUACCAAGUCAAUAUCUACUGCAAAUAAAAUAACAGGUGCUGGUCUUCGUCCUUUGCAUUCUCAACUACAUUUUCCUAUGGACAUACAUAGUUACCACCCACAACGACAACCGAAGUACAAAAACCAUUGUGGAACCAAUAACGGCGGAUGUGCCCAUAUGUGCUUACCAAACAAAACAUCUUACACUUGCGCAUGUCGGAUGGGUCAAAAACUAAAGGCAGAUAGAAAGAGUUGCCAGAAACCUGACAAAUUUUUGUUAUUUGCCAGAAAGAAGGACUUAAGAAUCAAAUAUUUGGAUGGAAGUUAUCAACAUCAGUAUGAGAUGGUUAUCACUAUAGAUGGUAUAAAAUCUGCCGUGGCAAUCGCUUGGGAUUCUAAAAGUGAUUUCAUUUACUGGACAGACGUAGAAAGAAAUUCUAUCAAUCGAGCUUUCUGGAAUGGAACUUUUCAAGAAGUAGUUAUACACCAAAAUAUACUCUCGCCAGCUGGAAUUUCUUACGAUUGGGCGACAGACAAGAUUUACUGGACAGAUGCUGGAACUGAACGAAUUGAGGUAGCAUAUGCUAAUGGUAGUAUGAGAUCUUUGUUAAUAUGGGAGGACCUUGAUAAACCCAGAGACAUUGUUGUGGAUCCACAAGGAGGGUAUAUGUAUUGGUCUGAAUGGGGAGAGAAAGCCAAAAUUGAAAGAGCCAGCAUGGAUGGAACCAAUAGGUUUACUAUAGCCAAUGACAACUUGACCUGGCCGAAUGGACUAGCUGUUGAUCACCAAACCAAUAAAAUAUAUUGGACUGGUGGCGGAAGCCAUAGUAUAGAGUAUGCCAAUCUUGACGGAACAAAGAGGAAAGUUCUCUUGGGUGGCAAUGAUGUACCGCAUCCUUUCGGCUUAGAUGUCUUCGGAGACCAUAUUUACUGGACCGAUUGGGAAACUCAAAGUAUUGAAAGAGCAAACAAGUUUACUGGUCAAAACAGGACAGUUCUAUCGAACAAUAUGAAUGACUUGAUGGAUGUGAGGGUUUUUCACCGGAACAGGAAGCAGUUUAAACACGCUUGUACGAACAACAAUGGUGGAUGUUCCCAUUUAUGCCUUCUAAAACCAAAAGGCAGGUCUUGUGCUUGUCCUACAGGAAUUAAAUUAGGGACUGACGGACUUACUUGUGAAAAUGGCCCUAUCAAUUAUCUUAUAUUUGCCCACCGAAUGGACAUCCGUCAAAUUUCCCUUGACGUACCAUACAUGGCCGAUGUAGUGAUGCCAUUUCCAAGACUCAAGUUGGCAGUAUCGGUUGAUGUGGAUCGUAGAACUGGUGAGAUAUACUGGUCUGAUACAGCGGAAGACAUCAUUCAAAAGUCCACGCCUGAUGGGAAGAAGAGCGAGAUCUAUUGGACCGACGGCGAACGAAAUAGUUUAGAGGUAGCUGAAUUAGAUGGAAAAAACCGAAAAGUGCUCUUCAAUAAAAAUUUGGAUAACCCAAGAGCCAUCACAAAAACACUAAUAUCAGACAAUCUAAAUUGGCCUAAUGGACUAGCAAUAGAUAGACCAGAAAACAGACUGUACUGGAACGAUGGAAAACUUCAUACUAUAGAGUCAAGUAGUCUUGAGGGAAAAGAUAGAAAAAAGAUUCUAACUGAGGUUUCAUACCCGUACGGUCUAGUAGUUGUUGGCAACCACAUCUACUGGACAGAUUGGCAAACCAAAUCGCUACACCGAGCUGAAAAGAUCACUGGCAACGAUAAAACCAUCAUCAGAGACAAGUUAGGAGGGUUAAUGGAUGUUCGGUCUGUCCAAAGUGAUAAUAUCGCAGAAAAUGCAUGUGGAAAUAAUAAUGGUGGAUGUUCUCAUUUGUGCUUGAGGAACCCAGUUAGUUAUACUUGUGCAUGUCCAACAGGUUUAACCAAUUACGCUUUUACCCAAAUAAGUCUAGACACAAAUGAUAUGUGGGAUGUUACCCUUCAAGUAGAUGACAUUGAAAACGUAAUCGGGGUAGACUUCCAUUGGGAGAAAAAGCUAAUUUUCUACACAGACAUCGAGAAAAAUGCAAUUGGUUCCGUAUCAAUGUACAAUUUAUCAGAUGUGAAAACCAUUGUUAACAAGAACCUUUCUUCCCCCGAUGGAAUUGCAGUGGACUGGAUAGCCAAUAACAUUUACUGGACCAAUACCGGCCAUAAAAUUAUCGAGGUAGCGCGCUUGGAUGGUUCCCAUAGGAAAACAAUUAUUAGUAAAUACCUGUGCGACCCUAGAUCUAUAGCUUUGUAUCCUAAAGUUGGAUUAAUGUUUUGGUCCGACUGGGGACAACCAAAAAUAGAACGGGCUUACUUAGAUGGAUCUCGAAGAACAAUUUUAGUAGACACACAGAUUAGUUUUCCCAUUGGUCUUACCAUUGAUUUUGGACUAAGGAGAGUGUACUGGAUAGAUGCAAAAUUGAAUGACGAAAAAAUCGAGACUACUGAUUUGCAUGGUAAAAAUAGGGUUAAGUUUGAUAUUCAGUCCUUCCAUCCAUUUUCAUUGACACAGUACGACAAGUACCUUUAUUGGACUGACUGGGUACAAAAGACUGUCAAACGUGCAGAAAAAUUCACAGGUAGAGACCAAAUCAUCGUCAGACCUCAACUUGACGCUGCUAUGGGAAUAACCAUGGUGACGUCAUCGCGACAGGAAGGCUUCAAUCCGUGUGCUGUUGAUAAUGGUGGAUGUACGCAUCUUUGCUUGUUCAAAGUUAAGAAUUAUACAUGUGCAUGCCCGGAUAAAGUUGAUCCUAGUUGUAAAACAGAACCCACUGCAUACGUCCCUCUUAAAUGUCCAACCGGCAGUAACUACAAGUGCGAUGAAUUCGAAGAAAGAUUCGACGACUAUGACGACUUCAGAUUCCCUCACCAUAAUCAAGACACUCAAGGAAAUAUAAAAACUAGGGAUUCCCAUACUUUCUAUGCGAUGACGCUGUUACCGAUGUUGUUCAUUAUCAUGUUGUGCAUUAUUUUAGUGAUGUUCCUCCUAACACGAAAGCAGGAGAAGAAUAAAUACUCGUAUGGAUGUACGGGAAGAAGUUUUUCAAAUCCCAAUUAUUAUUCGCCAAAUAAUGAGACAAAUCCGGCACCAAAUAAUGGAAAAUUUAUAUGGAAAAGACUUAAAUAUGAUAAAACGCAGGAACGAGUAUACGAAGAAACUGUUGGAAUCAGCAGCCCAGAAAUCGCGAGUCUUAUCCCCACGAUCCUCACACCGUGCAGUUCAAACUGCGAAACCGUGACACCCGAAGUUGAAAGAUCACCAUCAAUUACACCUCUACAUAAAAUUGACAUAAACGAGACAGUUUCUUAAAUAUUCGAAUUCUAAGAGUCACCUAUAAGAUUAAAAUCAGUUUAAGCUCCAUAUAAAUGACGAAACUACUAUUUUUAACGUUGCAGGGUCUAUUUGCUUUGGCAUGAAAGAUUGAGAGUUUGAAGGUGUGUUUCUAACUUAUGGGUGUGUGUUUUUUAUGAAAAAUAUAUAUAGAUAUUAAGAAAGGAAAAAUAAUUGACGUACUUGAUAAGUUUUAUAACUUUUUAUUAACAUUUCCAUUACUAAAAACAUUGUUAUAUACCUACAUGUUGCUGCGGAUUUGAUCAUUAAUGAUUUGUUACUAAAAUAUUACGACGAUUAAUACAGGGUGUUUCAUAAAAGUACUAAAAAUAAUGAUAGCUGGUAAAAUAACUAAUAGACGAAAAAAAUUUCUUUUAAUUGUGCUAUGCUAUAUCGUUCGAAAGGUAUUGUCAAAUAUUUUCUGUCUCUGAAAACGAUUAUUAAUUAUUCAAUUUUGUCAGUAUUGUUUUCAAAAUACCUACUUUAAAAUAUUUGUUACCAGUUAUCACUUCUAGGGUAAUCUACAAAUAAUUAUGACACAUCCUGCUAAUUUACGAUAUUAUAGAAACAUGUACAAUUUUGUUGAUAUAAAUACCGCAACACCACAUAUAAUAUGAGUAGUUGUUUAAAAGUCUUUUAUUAUGGGAAUAUAGAAGUUACCAAAAAUACAGAACAAUGGAUUUUUGUUUUGAAAUACCUACCAUUCUUACUCGUAUGGCGUAGCAAACUUCACUUAAAAAAAGAGAACAAAAUAACGCUUGCGACAACUCUAUUAAUAGUUUUAUUUAGGUUGAAUAGAACAAAAAAGGUAUUCAUAUCUGAUAAUCGUAAAAUCAGUGUUUCCUUUUUAAUAUCUCUAUUAACUUCUUAAAUAUGACUUAAUAAGUUGACGUAAAAACGUUGUUACUAUUUUUUUUUGGGAAAUAUAAUAUUUUCGUAUUAUGCAUGGUCUAAAAUAUAAAAUACAGCCAUCCAAUAUCAAGUUUUUUCAGUAAUAUACUAGAUAUUUCAAGAGAACAUUGUUUUGUACAACAUUAAAGUAGUUUGGUUCUUGACAAGAACAACAAUAUUAUUAAAAAAAAACUAAUUACAACUAAAAGGCACUGAAAUUAUAGAUACCAACAUGAAAUGUUUUAAAGUGACUCUUACACGCAUUAAAAUUUACGAAAAAUAUAAAAAUAAAAAUAGUAGAGUUUUUAGCUUCUAAAGAAAUAAUAAUCUUUUAGUGUAAAGGCCCCUUCAGAACAAGAGGAUAGGUCAGUUAAGUAGUGCUAGAAAAUACUGGUCAACAGUUACUAUUACUCUAUUUUAUUAGCGUGUAGGAGUAUUUGUGUUACAAUAUCCAGAAAGGUAUUAGCCUCACUAAGAACUCAUAUGUAUAUGUAUAAGAAACGAUAAGAGGUCACUAAUAAGUUUACGUGAGCUACUGGCAGCCAUUAUGGGAUAUGCUUAAGCACUAGUAGUCCGUAUACCAUUGAACUCUAUCGAAAAUUGCUUUUUGAAUGUUUGUUAUUCAAUUAUUGGGAUUAUUACUUUGUUUCAAAACAUGUACCAAUCAUUGCAUUAACUGAGAAGUGUUUUGAAACGUAUCCUAUCUUAGUUUAUAAAACUGGCUCAUCAUUAUGAGCUACCAAGUAUAUUGAAAUCACCCCAAAAGUAUUACUCAAUCUUUUAGCUAGCUUAACUUAGUACUUAAUACGCAUAUUACUUUGCUUUUAAACCUAAAGUAUUAAUAUUGGCUUAGGAGGAUUUUUACCAACUUAAAAGGUUGCUUGCUUAGUUGAGGAGAUAUGUCUUGGAAUGCAAAUUUUAGAUUCCCCAUGUUUCUAAUAACAUCUUUAUUAACGUCUGUUUUGCCUUGAAAUUUUAAGAAGGCACAGAUUAAAGCAAAAAUCUAAAUUUGGUUUCGAAAACUAGAUUACGGAUUUUAAUAUCAGAUGUCGCUAUUUGCGUCCAUUGGAAGCCAUGCUAGAGUUGCUUCCUAAGACAGAAUUAGACCGAAAUACGUAUAAGUAAAUACAUAGAUGCACUAUACGUGAAAUCAAAUCUCAACUGUCUUUUCCUUUUUAAAAGGUUUAGUUCCCGUAAAUAUUUUCACUAUUUCCAGCUGAUCCAGAAGCUGAAUAGUCUUCACAUUGAUAUGUUAUGUGGAAGUCUAUGUUAAUGUUUCUUUUAAUCAGAUCUGCACACAUUUCCAUACCCAGGUCUCUGUGUAGGUCGCUCUUUCUUACGUACCAAGGAGCAUUUACAAUAUCCCUUAGUACUUUAUUCUGGAACGCUUGAAUCACUUUGAUAAAGCUAGUACUGGAAUAUUCCCAGGACUGUAUGUUAUAUAUCCAUACUGCUUCCAGAAUGUUUCCAGAAACAAUUAAUUUCUCCAAACUAUCAUCACCUCUGCGAACCACAUAACCUAAAAAUUGCAGAAUACGUUACAAACAUAUUGUAGACAACCUUUGUUUAAUCUCAAGUUGGUUUAUAUAUUGGCAAACGUUUGUCCUAUAAGCUGUCCAAGGUAUGCGCAGCAUUUUUCUCCAGGACCACAUCUCAAAGGCAUCAAAAGACAUCAAUUUUUUGGCGCUCACGUCCGCGAAUAGUUCAAGUCUCUGCCCCGUAGAGACAUUUUGAGAAUACAAGGGCAUUUACUAGUCUCAUCUUAAUAUUGUGAGAGAUAGAUCUGUCUUUUCAAGGGGACUCAUCGCAUUUGCUGCUUCUGCUUCACAGUACCAUCGUUAGUUAUACUAGACCCGAAAUGGACAAAAAUGUCUACUAUCUGGCAUUCCUAUAACAUGUUAGUCAGUUGAAUAAUGUGUAAUCUGUUGACCAUCAUUAUUUUUGUCUUGACUUUAUUAAUUUUCAGACCAACUUUAUUGCUUUCGCAGGAAAUUAAACUUUUCGCAGGAAAUUAAACAUUUCGUGUUCUUUUGCUGCUAUAAGUGUAGUGUCAUCAGCAAAUCGUAAAUUUUAAAUUUUCCUACUAGCCACUAUUACUCCACCGGCAUCUUUAUCUAAAGCCAUAUUCAUGACAUCUUCACCAUAAAUGUUAAACAACACGUAUCCUUGUCUAACACCUCUCUCGGUCUUGAAUUGCUUUGAGAACUUCUGAUCUAGUCGUACUGUUGCUAUAUUGGACUAGCACAGAUUUUUAAUAAGUGUCACUAAGUGCAUUGUUAUGCCCAUUUGAUGUAUUGUUUUCAUCUAAAUCUGGCAUAUGGUAGAGCAGUACCAUUUAAUACUAUUGGGGUUUAAUUAGUGUUUUGUUGGUAAAGUCUACGUGUUCUGAUUUGGCCUCGUUCAGUUUUAUACGCAAUUUUUCUUUUGUUUUAAAUUCAUCAUCACCAACAGCUAAUAUUUGAUUAGUGAUUCUAGAGCCUCGAUUUUUUUGUUGCGUAAUCGUGUCUAAACCCAACUUAAUAAAGUGAGAUAACACAUUUUUGUUCUAUUAUGGGUUUUAGUCUUUUUAACAGGAAUUUUUUUGAAACAAUUUUGAAAUCAUUUCUUGCUAAGUGAUUAAAACUACAUAUUUAAACGUGAUUUUUAAAUUUAAAUCAGCAUUUUUAAUAACAGCUUUCGAUUUGUCAAACAUAAAAGGGACUUACUCAUAAAUACUUACUUAUAAAUAAAAUUUAUAUUUUUGACAAACUAGAAACUUUGUUGGAACAAAAUAUUUGACACCUGAUGCUUACAUUUUAGGUUUUAGAUCAUGCAUAAUGCUCCAUAGGGUUCCAAUUUACAGAUCAAGUUUACUUAUCAUAUUAAAAUAUUUUCGGUACUUUUGCUGCGCAUCAAAUGGGCGUGCCGAUUGUAGGAUUUUCAAAGUCAUUCCUAGUUUUAACAAAGUGUACUCAAUAUUAUCCCACGCUAAGGCUUUUCGAACACUGUCUCAAACAUAACAUCACAUAUUUCUUGCUUUGCACAUUCUGCAUUUCCCAAUAUCUCCUCUCAUCGUUCAUAUCCACCAUAAAAAUUCUAAAAGAUCAUUUCCAACUGAGGAAGUAGUAGUUUCGUUAAUAGUUUUAUUCGUGGAGUCUUAGGCUCUAAUUUCACAUAAGUGUAGAUAAAGAAGUCAAAUUAAGGUGACUGACAAUAACGUUAAACUUAUAGAUAAGGAACUAUAUCUGAAACAGAACAAGAGUCAUGUAAUAGUUAUGCUGAAAGAUUUCUAAAGGCGAUUUGUUUUCCUUUCGGCAAUAUUUUUCUACUAUAUCUAUUUACCUUUAUCACUGACUUAAGGAAAUUCUAGAAGUAUGAUAUUUUAGAACGUAACACGUUAGUGCUUUCACAAAUGCGUACAACGGUCUACACAGUUACAAUUUUGAUCCGGUGAAAAAAAAUUUAGUUUAAACUUGUGGCUAACUAUUACACAAUAGUACAAGACACAAAUAUUACUGACCUGGCCAAAAAUAUUGCACACAAAAUACCACCACGAAAAUCCCAAACACUGAUGUCAAGAUUGCAAUAGCUGGAAUAAUGGAAUAAAUACAACUUUUUUGUAAAUGAAUACAAAGGAUU